AUGGCAGGCCGAGGUCGUGGAGGGAAACAAAAAACUAAGCAGAGAAAGUCCACAAAAAGAAAGAAUGCUCCUGUAGAAGAGCAGCAUGUAGAAGAGCUUUCAACUAGGAAUGGUAGUGAUGAUCAGUCAGCACACGGAAAUGAGUCUGAUCAUCUGUCUGCACACGCUCAUGAGACUGAUCAUGAGUCUGCAUCAUCUCAGGAAUGUCAACCACUGCCACCUGAUGAGCUAUACUUCAAGAACACCGAGUACACCAAAACCUGUAAGAUACAGAGCAAGUGCUAUGUGAGCAACACGGUGGGAAUCAUCAAAAAGCUUGAGCCUGAAAACGAUAGCCCUGAGUUGAAGUGGUUCGAAAAUCACCCUCAGUUUCGCCACUUCUUCCACAUGCCCGAUGAACAAAACUUGAGGCUGCUGGGUAUGUGGACGCUGCUACUGCGCACGAUUCCCGUACCCGAGGGAGAGGACACAGCUUGGUUUGCGGUUAAUGGCGUGCCCAUCCGGUAUUCAUUGAGAGAGCAUGCACUCAUCUCGGGCUUGGACUGCCGUGACUACCCAGAUGAGUAUGAGAAGUUGGGGAGCUUUGCUUUUGUAGAUAGACAUUUUGACUCACAUAAGGAGAUAACAAUGGAAUCUGUGAAAGAGAAGAUGUUGAGUAUGAGUCCGUGUGGGGAUCGACUUAGGAUGGCGGUGCUCUACUUCCUAGGCACGGUUAUCAGAGCCAAGGGAAGGUGGAAUGCCGCAUUUGAUUCUUUCAUUUUAAGAGUCGUCAACAAUGUGGAAAUUUGCAAAACAUUUCCUUGGGGUCGCUUGACGUUCGAUGAUACGAUUGGGUCCCUAAAUUACGUGAUGAAGAAACUCAAGGGAAAACCCAAAAACAAUGUCAACUUCCCUGGAUUCAUAGUUCCUUUAGAGGUCCUGGCAUUUGAGUGUAUUCCAGCUCUGAAUGCAGAAUUCAGAGAAAGAGUAGCUGGCUGUAUGAGUAACUGCCCGAGGAUGUGCAAGAGCCGGUUCCAAAAUAACAGCAUGAAAGGUUAUCCACUGUCCGACUUGUAUGACGUUAUUGGAGAAACCAAGGUUAUUACAAGUGUUCUGGUUCCUACUGUUGAUGAACAAACCCUCUUAGCGAGCAUAAUGGAAUGGGAGCCAGAUUAUGAAAAUGAGGAAGGUUUAAGCAAUUUAUGGAGCACAUGGCUUACUGUUAAGGAGAAGCCUAUCUUUUGGCAAGAGUUAUAUGAGUUAGAUGUGGCUGCAAGGGAGUUUCCUAAGAAGAAAGACAAAAGAAAAGUGAAUGAAGAAGCAUCUUCCUCUAGUCAUGGUUUGGAUGGUUUGGAGGACGUUCUGAAAGGUGUUGAAGAGAGGUUGAUGAGUGUUUUGAUGGAAGUGUGUGUGAAGGUGGAGACAAUGGACCAGAGGCUUGGUGUGGUGGAAAAGAGCCAUGUUGUUUUAAAAAGGAGGUCGCUGAGGAUGAAAGCAAUGGAGAAGAGGCUUGCUGUCAUGGAAAAAGACCAAUAUCAUCUUAAGAAGAGGGCCAGGAAGCAAAAGGAAAUGGAAGAGAGGCUUGAUGGCGUUGAGAAAGAAAUGAAGAGGAAGGAGAACGAGAACAAUGAUGGUUUUUAUCAAACCAUGGAUUAUGACUGGAAUGGAGGGAGUUAUGACAGAAAUGGAAAAGAGAGUCAAGAAAAGGCUAAGAAGAAAGAAAAGGAGAUUGAAGAAGAGGUCGAAACAGAGGGUCAGGUUGAAGAGACUGAAUCUGAAGAGAAGACUUCCACACCACCACUUGGUAGGACUAAGGCCAAUGCUGCAAGGAGACUAGUACUUGUAUCACCUGACCAGUGGAUAGCAAACUUAUGCUGGGAUGCUGAGCAGAUGGUUGCAGAGGAGGCUGAUAAGAGGGUUGAAGAGGAGGUUGCGGCUGUGGUUGAAGAAGAAGCUGAGAAGGUGGUUGCAGAGGAGGCUGAGAAUGUGGUUGAGGAAGAAGCUGAGAAGGUGGUUGCAGAGGAGGCUGAGAAUGUGGUUGAGGAAGAGCCAAAAAUAUACACUGAUGAAGAGAAACAAGGGUGGAUUCUUACAAUUUGCAAGACCAGUGAUGGAAUUCCUGCUGUGGAUAAGACAGAUGGAACUGAGGGAGCUCCUACUCCUACUGGGGUGAAGCAUAGGCCUAAGGCAAUGGCAGUGAGAAAGCAUGCUCCUAAUCUGAGGGGCAGACCGAGGAAGGAUGCUCAACCAAAGAAGUUCACAACGCCACAACCGACAAAACGGACACGUGCACGAUCACAAUGGGUUUCCUCUCCUUACACUGAAGGUAAUACUGAUGAGAUUGAAGGGCGCAAGAAGAAGCCUAGAACAGAGGCUUAG